AUGAGCCAACAGAGCGAUCAGCACGCAGGUCCAAAGGGAAGAAGUCGAGAUCGAAGGAGGGAUCUGUUCCUCGAAAUUUUCAGGGGGGGGCCAGGAACGCACUUCUGUUCCGGCAAGAAAAAUUUCUUCCUAGAAACGAAUACCCUAGAGUUAGACAUAAAAAAGGAGUUUCUAAAAAAUGUCGAUUGUCCAUCGUCCUUUCUGUCCAAAAUUCCUCUUUUCAAAAAAAAACUUAUUAAUGAUUUUUUUAUUUUCAAAAAGGAAGAAAUUAAAAAACGAUUAUGGCAAAGUUACGAAGAGGUCAUAGACAACUUGAGGGACGAAGAUGUGAGGGAAGUAUUUAACAAGAUAAAUGAAUUUACGUCAAGGGAAAAGGAAAAUGAAGAAUUGUUCCUGCGUUAUUUGCACGAGUUUGGGAAGGGUACCAUGCGGGGAAGUACAAAGGGGGCGAAUAAGAAGAAGAAGGGGAAAGAAAAAGAGGAGAUGAAGGGGAAGGAAAAGGAGAAGGAAAAGGAGAAAGAGAUGGAAAAGGAGAAGGAGACGAAGAAGGAACCCCCCCCCCGUUUGGCGACUUCACCAGAGCAGGCGGGAACGUCUACCCCUCCCUGCCAGAAGUGUAACUGCCCUGGGAGAGGUGAAACCAAAUGUGAUGACUCAGAGAAAAGCGAAGUAGCACCACUCGGAGGCCCACCUAAUGUAGACCCACAGAACAUACUCGCCAAAAUUAUGCACUCAAAUAAGGACGGACAAAAAAAUGUUAAAAAAAUUAGUAGAAGGUUGGACGACUUGUGGGAUAUGUAUAUGACAAGCACCUUUCGAAAUUGGCAGAUGGGUCAGCGUGAGGAUGUAACGACAGAGAUUUUGCAGAAGAUUGUGCAGAAGGGGUGCCAGGAAAUCGAUUUUUUGGAGGGCUCCAAGAGAGUUCGCAUGGGUAAACUUUCCAGGGUGUUGAGGAAGAAGGGGAUAAGCCGCAGGGGGAGGGAUAUAACUGGUGGCACACGCGGAGGGAGAUACAACAGACGAGAUGAUCGAACCAAUGCUGCCGAGGCCAACCGAAGGGGAAGUACCAUGUGUUCCAGUUCGAUGGACACGGGCGUCACCAAGCAGAUUAGCUCGACAAACCCGAUUAACCCGACCAACCCGACCAAUCCGAUUAACCCUACGAACCGGAUCCCCCCCAUGGGUGGUGGCUGCCACGCACUUAGCGCACUCUCCAGUGGUGCGAAUAAUUUCGCUAACGUACCCAGUAGGGCGGCGUCCAACAGCAGGAACAGCCUCUUCGGAAGCAGGGCUCCCAGCAGUAAGGACAACCAAGGGGAACGCGCAAGCGCCAUUGUGGGAAAACCCAACCAAGCGCAAAGCCUCAAAAAAGAAACAAGCUUCACCCGUUUAGGGGCCAAGGGAAGAGUGGUCAAGCCCACUGGCACGAAGAGGCUUGGCAAGAAAGGCUGCAGUGGUGUCGCACCCCCCAUCGGUGUAGCACCCCCCAUCGGUGUAGCCGAUGAACCCCGUUCAAGCAAGGCCGGUCGUAGCUCCGUGCCACCAAAGAAACCCCGCACUUCGGAUACCUCUCACACGCCGAGCUCCACCCUGGCGUCGUAUUUGCUCAACCCGCACGAUCUGACAGAGACGAACAGUCCCGAUAAGCCACACCACGUCAACUACACGGGUGCCGGCCUGUGCAGCGGGGACAGGAAAGAAGGUAUCGUUACGAAGCUUUCCCGAGACAGCAUUAUUCGAAUCAGGAAAGAAAUUUCGAGAAAGGCAAAGCUAAGGAGUGCCAAAAUAGAAACAAAGAAAUGUGGACAAGGUGUUCACGAAAUAUUAAUCAAUUCACUUAAAGGAGAGAUAAAAAUGAAGGUAAAAAAUUUUGUGAAAGUACACCAAGUAGGUCAGGGAGCAUAUGGAGAUGUGUGGAUGGCAGAAGAUAUUACAAACAAUAGGAGGGUAGCCUUGAAGAAAUUAAAAAUAAAUGGAAACAAAGAGGGACUAGCCAAAACGUAUAUAAGAGAAAUCUCCAUUUUGAAUUCCUUAAAGCAUAAAAAUAUUGUGGAGUUAAUGGGGGUGGUUUACACCAAAGUACCCCCCAGUGAGGACUUCCCGACGUUACCCUGUGACCCCAGCACGUCGGAGCGGUUACACCAGCUGCAUCAAUUGAAGCAAUUCAAGCAAGUGCAGCGGAGGGCCUCCUCUAAGUUAGUGCGCGGCGGAGUAAGGCGGUCCUCGUCCCGCACGUCGUUCGCCAGGUCAGUUUCCCCCUUGGGAGAAGCCGUUGCCCCUUUAUACAGAUCAUCAUCCCGCUCAUCGUCACCCUCCAGCGCAUCGUCGUCGUAUUCCUCCUCCAUGGCUUCUUCCUCUUCUUCCUUGUCUUCAUUCUGCAAAAAGGUCGAGGCGAACACGUCCAUUUGGAUGGUUUUCGAGUAUGUGCCGUUCGACCUAUCAGGGUACAGCGAGCUGCUGAGGGAUGAGCGAGCCCAGAAGGAAAGAUAUAAAAACGGAAAUCUCUUCACCAUAGGAGAGGUGAAGAACAUUUUCCUGCAGCUACUCAGAGCAUUAAAUUAUUGUCACAGAAAUAACAUAAUCCACCGGGAUGUCAAAAUAGCCAAUUUGCUAAUUGAUAAAAAUGGAAUCUUAAAGCUAGCCGAUUUUGGUCUAGCCCGAUUCCACGCAGAUGGAACUGCCUCAAAUAUGACGAACCGAGUGAUCACACUUUGGUACAGACCUCCAGAAUUGCUACUCGGAUCGAAUCACUACACCUCGUCAGUCGACAUGUGGAGCUGUGGGUGUGUAUUAGCCGAACUACUUACGAGUAACCCCAUCUUCUCAGCAGAAAACGAAACAGACAUCCUAAAAAUGAUUGUUAAUAAAAUAGGAGCCCCAAACAAUAAGGACAUUAAGUUCCUAAAGCAUCUACCCAAUUGGAAUAUCCCAAGCUUAAAUCCGGUGCAUCCAAAUAACUUAAACAGGAUGAAUCUAAAUAAAAAGAACGAAGUAGAAAAUGCAAUUAGAAGCAUACCAGGAGUAGGAGACGUAGGACUAGAUCUCAUAAAGAAUCUCCUAAAAUGGAAUCCCUUUGAUAGAUUGUCCGCCCUCCAGGCAAUGCAACACCCAUGGUUCACCAGCAACCCUUUACCAGAAAAAAUAAACGAACGAAAUAAUAUAAAAGCUGCUCAUAGCUUCAUGACAAAAAAUUUUAAAAAGAGAGACACUUCAAAAUUAAACUACAGAAAGAUUCAGGAAAAUUUUAGAUUCAUUAAUGUAGGGAGUUAUAGGAAGGCUGUUUUUUACAGUCGAUAUGGCGAGGUGCUCCUGCGGUCCGCUGCUGCUGCUGCGUCAGCCGGACGGCGACACCCCCCGGUACCACCAACGGCGGAGCAGAACCAAGAGAACAAAGGAGUGGCCAACAAAAGAAACGCAGAAAAGGUGCAAACUGUAACGGAGACAAACAAACAGACACAACAUCACGCGAAUGGCAGAGAAAGACGCAGAAGGGAGGCAACACCCCCCCACAGAUAUAACCGUGAUGCGGUAACACAUUCAAGUAGGACUGAGCUAAGUGGACGGGCUCCCCGCGGUGACGCUUUUAAAAAAUUUGAUCAUCGCCACGCAGCUGUAGAGAGGAAAAAACGGCCCUUAAAAGAUCGCGAAAGGGUAGCAGAUUGGAAGCAGAAAAAAGGGAACAAUUAUAAAGGGAAGGAACAGGACAUGGAGGAGGAUCGUGGGCGAUACGGUCAAUAUGGAACUCAUCGGGAUGGUAGCUUCCGCGGAGACACCCAAUGGAGACGAGAGGAGAGCUCUGAAAGGAGCAGGUAUUCGUCCAUCCGGGAGGGUGGGUACCAUAAUCAUAGUUACCGCGGAAGGGUCGGCAGAAUCAGGGACAGCAAAAGUAGGGUGGAGAGGAGCAUACACGAUAGGAGUAGGGAAAGGGAGUGGUACAAGAGAGACUACGCAGAAAGGGACAGAGAGAUGGGUAGAGAGAGGGACAGGAAAAGAGACAGGGAACGAGAAAGGGAGUGGGAGCGCGACAAGCGCAGGGACACGGGAAGGGAAUUAGGAAGGGGAAGAGAACAGGAGAGGGAGCGAGAUAGAGAGAGGGACUGGGAAAGGGAGCGAGAUAGAGAGAGGGACUGGGAAAGGGAGCGAGAUAGAGAGAGGGACUGGGAAAGGGAGCGAGAUAGAGAGAGGGACUGGGAAAGGGAUAGAGAUCGGGAUAGAGAUCGGGAUAGAGAUCGGGAUAGAGAUCGGGAUAGAGAUCGAGAUAGAGAUCGGAAUAGAGAUCGAAAUAGAGAUCGAGAUAGAGCUAGAGAUCAAGACCGAGAAAGAGAUCAAGACCGAGAAAGAGAACGAGACCGAGAAAGAGAACGAGACCAAGACCGACAUAGAGAACGAAAACCGCAUAAACGGAGAAGCAGAGACAACCCAAACAGAAACGAAGGGCACGAACUGAAGGAACAGAAAAAACACAAGCUGGAUGCAGAGGAUGCCAAGCAGGAGCGAAAAAGAAAGCUAUAA